AUGAGGAGUCAGGACUUGCAAGCCAGUGACAUGAUCUCUCUCGUCCCACUGAAAGAGGGUGACCUAGACUACAACUCAUCUCCCACACUGGAUGACAGAGUUCACGUUCUGGUUUGUGCUAUUCCUGCCGCCUCAGUGUCUAUAAUAAGUGACGAUGUUGUGAAGAAGAUGAGAGAAGUCAGACUGGCAGCCAGUGACGCGGGGAUUCCCCAACUGGUUAUUAUCACCAAAGUUGAUGAAGCCUGUGAUGAGGUCAGAAAAGAUAUAAAGAAUGUCUAUAAGAGCAUAUACCUGAAGGAACAGGUCGACAAGAUCCACAAUUUGCUGGGCAUUCCACUGAACUCCAUCUUUCUUGUGAAGAACUACUGUUCAGAAAUCAAUGUAAAUGAUGACGUUAGUGCUCUGACGCUGUGCGCGCUGAGACAGAUGCUUUCCUUUGGAGAAGACUUCAUCGACAACCUGUAG